CUCAGUAUAAGAUACCACAAACACACUCUUCCAGGAGAGUUGAAGUAUCACGGCCAAAGCUUAAGACAAGGUCUAACUGAUCAUGGCAAAGGAACAAUGCAAGGAUAACUUGCCGAAGACUUAUGUUCUGAAGAUCGUCAUGCACUGCCAUUGCAAUGGUUGCAUCAAGAAGAUCAAUGACGGGGUGAAAGAGAUUGCCCUUUCAGAAGGGGUUGAGAGGGCUGAUCUGGUGGCAGAAACAGCAGAGGUGAUAGUGGUCGGGAGAAUGGACCCAGAGAAGCUCUGCUGCUUGCUGCAUGAACUAACGCAGAAGCAUGUGAAGAUGGAAACCAAAAGAACCGUGACCGAAGGAGAAACUGCAGCUUCUUGGGAAACCAAGAACCGCGUUGGCCAGGCUACUUCCGGCUUGUUCGCUUCCGACACACCUAUUACGCCGAGCGCGCCGCCAGUUCCCGAGGCAUGGAGGAGCCAGACCGUGCCUUCCCAGAGAUGCGCAUACCGUUGGUCGCUACCUUUGCCCGGCGCGCUAGGCGUGUGGGCUGCAUCUGACAUCGAGGGGACAAUGGCGGUCUACGACCUCUGAAGGCUUAUUCACCAACACAGCCAGCAGACCCUCCUGCACUCCAUCGUCACCUUCGCUUUGCGCUAGCUGAUUUUUUGUCGCAUAAGCAUUUUCUGCCAAGAGCUUUAACUGACGUGUUCUUUGUUUCUAUCCGUGGCUUAAUGACACGGACAUUCUCUCUUUUGCUUCGUUGUUCAUUUGUGAUGUUGUGCACUGCAGUAGAUAGGAAUCCAGGGGAGAAGUGUAGGAACUGGGGAUGGAAUCCCAAGUCCUGUGGGCUGCCUGGAGUUAGUGGGCAGUCUUUGCUGCUGCUGCUCUGUUUUACUGCUGGGAUGAGUUGUGCAAGUAAAUUUGGUCUAAGGCCCUAAAAUAUCAAUAAAAUUGUCAGCAAUCUUUGGAUGCA